AUGAACAACACUCCCUACAAUCCAAAUCGCCCAUACAGGCCUUAUUCUUGGUUACCACCUAACCUAAUCAACCCUCAACAACUCUUAGGGUUACCGGGUUACCAGCCGCCUGUUCAUGCGGGCCCCGGUUCAAACCCUCAAGAUGGACCUUACAGCCAUGCCAACAACUACCACCAGCAUGCUUUUCCAGGGCAAAACACAACCCAAGCUCUCAAUCCUCCCUCAUACAAUCGUAUACUUGCACCGGCGCCACGGCUGAUGUUCAAUGGUCAGCCGGGUACUCAUCCUGCUGCCUUUCAACAAAACCCGUACCAAGCACAGCGCCCAUAUCCUGCACAAUCUUCAACACAAUCACCUGUCCCAUCGUCUCCAGGUUUCCCGCCAUACGCUGCUACCAACUAUGGUCCACCUGUCCAAUCUGGUAAUCCUGCUGGUCCCUCGAGAGUUGCUUAUUUUCACCCAGGACCUCCAUUGAUUCACAAUAAUCAAGAGCCCUUGCGUGUCCAGACCAGCGACUCUGGAUUACGUGGCGCCCCUCAACCAUCGAACCAAGCAACUGAGACUGGGCGUGAGGAUGUAUCAUCUCAAGAUGUGCCUGGUAAUCUGCCAGCAGAAACCUCGGACGAGGAUGACAUGUCAGUGGACGAAGGUGAAAGUCAGGCGGUCGCUCAAGCCAUGAUUGCAGGCGGAUUGGACCCUAGCUCCACAUCUCGAAAACGGGGUCGCCCAGCUGGAAAGUCAACGGAACCGCCAACUAAGAAACGCCGAAAGAAACGGACUGGAAAGCGAGGCGGAUGGAGCAAGGGCUUGAGAAUGGGACCACGACCGGUGCUCGAACCAAGCCCUGAAUUCAAUGAUCUGCACCAGAAUGCCUUGAAUGCCUUCAUCGACGAGCAAGACACCGAAAAAGCACGUGACCUAAUAUUGCAAGCUAUCACAAUUAAUCCGGAGAUCUAUGCCGCUCAUGCGCUGCUUUCAGAGAUCUACUUUGCUAGGGGUGAAGAUGAAAAGGCAAUUGCCGCCCUUUUCAGUGGUGCUCAUAGCGCUGCGAGAGACGCGGAGGUUUGGCGACAAGUUGCCGAUGCCUGUCUACAACAUUCUUCCAAGAAUCGCCAGAACGCUCUUCAGCAAGUGAGUUACUGUUAUGCCCGUAUCAUAUCUAACGAUAAUCGAGACUAUGAUACUCGCCUUGAUCGAGCAGCAAUCAGCAAGGACCUCGCCAAUUACGGGAAAGCAAUGAAAGAUCUUGAAAUAUGCCUAGCAGCUUUACCCUGGAACGCAAAAGCAAUGAAGUUGAUCGCCGAAGUUGGUAUCGCAACCAAAAAUCGGACCAGAGCUAAGUCGCUCUACGCUGAUUGCUUCGCACAAGCAAAGGAGUUGGGCGAAGAUGGGAAAGAAAUAUUCACCUGGACGCAUGCUAUUGCGUACGUGGAUCUACUUACCCAUGAUGACCCUCCCGAUGAAGCAAGAUCGAAUGCAAUACUGGUAUUUCGUCAAGUGUCUCGAUGGAUCCUGGGGAGGGACGACGAAUCUUAUUGGGAUGAUUUCGACGACGACCGCGAGUGGGAUGCUGAAGAUGAGCCUCGAAGGGUUAUGGUGCCACAGUUUAUCCCAGAUGUGUUCCCCAUUGAAUCUUACGGAUCUGGGCUUCCUCUUGAACUUAGAGUUCAACUCGGCAUACUUCGACUCAAACAAGGCUCCGAUCACCUUGCCGAAGCAAUUGAUCAUUUAGAAUGGCUGGAACCCGAGGCACGCGAUGAAGCGGCAAGUGUUUAUGAAUAUCCCGACCUCUUUCUCGAAGCUGCGAAUGCGUUGUAUGCCGCCAAGGAACAUGAGCAAGCCCUCAGAUACUUCGAGGCACUACGAGACAUCGAGGCGUCUCUAGACGUCGACUUCUGGCUUGCUAUGGCCACGUGCAAUUAUAUUACGGGAGACAAAGCGCAGGCAAUCGAGUGCUACGAAGCUGCGAAAGAGGUCGACCAUGAAUGCGGAGAAGCCAGAACCCAACUAGCGAAGCUAUACACCGACCUCGAGGAGAAAGAAAAGGCCAUGCAGAAUGCGCGUGAAGCCGUUCGAAUUGCUGAGCAGGCAACACCUCUGACAGAGAAGCGCAGGUAUGAGCGGAAGGAGCAACGUUUGGCCCGAAAGGCUGCAGAAACUGCCUUGAAGCAAGCUUAUUCCCUAAGAGGUCCGCUUGCCCAAGGACCUGCUAUUGAUCGUAUUGAGUCACGGCUCAAGCCUCGAAAGACCCGAGCAGAGAUAAAAGCAGAAAAAGCUAAGGUGCCACGCCCGAGAAAGCAGACACCUCCACGCAAACCUCGUCCACCACCAAAGCCUCGUCCACCCCCGAGAAAGAAACCUAUGACGCCUGCAGAAAAAGAGGCUCACCGUACCGAAGGUGUCACACGGUUGUACAGCACUCUUCUCGAAAACGUUGAUGGAAUGCGAGAAGGAGAGGAGUUCUCAACUGAAACCUGGACCGAGUGUGCACAAGCCCUUGUCAUGGAUUUCCAGAGCAAUCGCAAAUUCUACCCUAAUGAUCGUAUGCCGUUCGUAGGGUUUGAGAAUCGGUCCAAAUCCAAGAAACAACCCCAACUGGACGAUCCAGCAAAAGGGAUCUCACAGAUCGAUAUUGCUGAAAUUCCGACAGUUUACCGCGAAAUUCCCUUUACAGAUUGGCUGGAUGUAUUCCUCGAGUAUGCCCUGCUCCUGGCCAAGACCGGCGACCAAACUCGUUGCUACAAGACCAUUACUGCCGCCAUCGAUUGUUCGGUUUGGUACCACGACCCGAACGCCCAGCUACUCAUCUACACCACAUACUUAACAUGCUGCAUCGCACUCCGUGAUGAAGCAACAGUCUACUCGACGGUCAUACGCUGGUUUCUACGAACAUACGAAUUCUGCACCGAUGCAUACCGUCUCUUCGCGGCAAUCAAUCUCAUCUUUCCCUACACAACGGACAAAAACGGAAAGGAAGGACAACUUGCAAACCUGGCCUACCGCAGCAGUCCCAUGCAGAAGUUCCUGUUCAGACAGAUUAUGAAUCUAGAUGUCAACCUACCGGAAGACUAUUCACCCGAAGGAUUCGGUCCCGUCCCAGAUUUCAUGAGACGUCAACGCGACAAGAUCCCCAGAGAUGAGAAAACACCCACAGCCAAUGAUCCCUCACCCACCAAAAACAAGUCCACCAGCAAAAACACCAUAGACGCACCAGCAAACCUCCAUCCCAAAGAAAUGGACGUCGUACUCCUGACGCUCUACGGCCACGUCCUCUACGCGAACGGCAGUUUCCGCUCCGCACUGUCGUACUUUUACCGUGCUCAUGGCCUCGACCCCCACAAUCCCGUGAUCCUGCUCACAAUGGCGCUCAGUUACAUGCAUGAAAUGAUGAAGCGGCAGAACGAGAACCGACAUAUCUAUCUCCUACAGGCGUGGGCGUUCUUCGAGGAAUACGCUGACGCAAGGAGGGCUUCGGUGGCAGCAUCAACGAGGGACGAGACGGAAGAGAUUGACAAUCAAGAAAACAGCGCCGCAACCGGCGUUGAGGCCACGGACGGCCCGAACAAAGAGAAGGGGGAGGAGAAAGCCCAUCCGAAGUCAAAGCCCGUCCUCGCGAUCAUCGAGGCCGAGAUCGAGUUCAACCGUGCUCGGUGCUGGCAUAUGCUGGGCAUGUCUGACCUGGCGGUGCGGUCCUACGAAAAGGUUCUGACGCUGCAGAGGGGCAAGGCUGUGAUGAGUAAUGAGACAAGAGCUGUCGUUGACGAGGUGGCGCAAGACCGUGUCAGUGGUAUUGGUGCUACGCAGCAACAGAUACCAGACAAGGCAGACACAGGCCCCGAGACCUAUACCAUGGAAGCGGCAUAUGCGAUCCAGACUAUGUACGCGAUGAGUGGCAAUCCUGUCAUGGCCAGGGCUGUUGCGGAGAAAUACCUGGUUGUGUAA